ACAUCUCAUUGUGUAAACUAGAGACUGAACAGCAGGUUGGGUACUAAAUACCUCACAUUGCUACAACAAAGUGACAAACUAUGAAGAUCUUGAAGAGACACAGAAGAUCAUCAAGUCUCAGUAAAGGGAAGCCAAGAGGAGGAACAAGACACUGAAAUCAAAACUGGGCUGAUUUAUGGAAAUAUCUUGUCACUUUUUUUGUGAAGAAAAUCAACCGGCUACGGAUUAACUAUUCAUCAAAGCGUAAAGAUUGAAGAAGUCUUAUUAGCAUCACAAAUCUUGCGAGCACCUUGUAACUUCAGAUAUAAAGAGCAAACAACUACAAACCAACUUCCAGUGAAGAUAACAAGGCAGCUAUUCAUUGAAGCACACACAUCUUCCACCACACCUUGAGAAGAGAAAAAAAAGGCAAUCUAAUGCGGCUUGUUAAUGCAAACGUUUACGUGUGAACUUCCGUUGCACAUUGACAGUAGGAUAGCGCAACAUCUGAACGGUAAGAAGCUUCUUAAGGCAACCCCGUGAAAUGUUUACAGACUGGAUUUGUAUACUUUUACAUGGAUCUCCAUGGAAUUUUAUGUUGUGGUUCUCUGACCUUUGAAAGCAACACAGGACAGUGACUCCUUUUAAGCCAAACAACAUUAAUGAUGACCGAUAACAAGAGUUGCACCAUCAACAGUGAUGUUUUUAAAUAUGUGUUAUACAGCUCUGUUUUCAGUAUCGUCUUUAUUCUCGGGCUUCUCUUCAAUAUGGUGGCCAUGUACAUUUUUGUAUGUAGACUGAAAAUGCGCAACGAGACCACAACGUACAUGAUGAACCUUGUGGCCUCGGAUACUCUCUUUGUCUUCAGCUUGCCUUUCAGGACGUUCUACUUCAUCAAUCGUACGUGGCCUUUUGGUAAAGCUCUCUGCCAAAUCUCAGUGGCCUUGUUUUACACCAAUAUGUAUGGCAGCAUCCUCUUCCUCACGUGCAUCAGCGUGGAUCGCUUCCUGGCAAUCGUUCAUCCCUUCGCAUCUAAAACAUUGAGGACAAAGCGCAAUGCUAGAAUAGCCUGCUGUGUGAUAUGGGUGCUUCUCCUGUCGGGAGGCCUAACCGCAGGGUUUGUGAUGGACACCACAUCACACAUGAACAACAAAACCUACUGUUUUGAGAAUUUCUCAAAUUCGCAGUGGAAGUCCAUGGUUUCAAAAGUUGUGGUGUGUAUGGAGACAGUGGGCUUCUUGAUUCCGUUAAUGAUCAACUUUACCUGCUCUAUGAGGGUCCUGCAGACUUUACGACACCCAGAGUGCAUUAACCGUGGAGGGCAGCUGAACAAGGCCAAGAUCUUGCGUAUGAUUGCAGUGCACUUGUUAAUUUUCUGUUUUUGCUUUAUCCCGUACAAUGUCAAUCUGGUCUUCUACACCCUGGUCAGAACUCAGGUUAUUACGAACUGCACUGUGGAGUCAGUGGUCCGGACGAUUUAUCCAAUCACGUUCUGCAUUGCUGUGACCAACUGUUGUUUUGACCCAGUGAUCUAUUACUUCACCUCAGAGACGAUUCAGAACUCUAUUAAACGGAAGUCUUAUGCUGUCCACAAAAACACAUUAAACAACACAGUUGACACCAGUGAUAACAGAAGCAGUUCGAUGAAUAAAAUCAUCUCUCUAAAAGCUAAAUUCAUAAUUGAAGAGUCUACAAUUUAACCAAAGUUCAGGCAGCCAAUUUUUUUAUACCAAUUUUAUACCAAAUUCUCAUCUGACAUAUUCAGCCAAUGUUAGCAAUUGUUUGGCACAGGAUAUAUUUGACUGAUGACUAACUGAAGACUGC